AUGCCGCCACCUAGCAUGGAGUAUGGAGAUCAAACAUUGGGUAGUCAGACAGCGUGUCACCUCUGCCACCUACAGGUCAGCAGGUCCAAGUUAAUGGCAGGUCAUAGGACCCAAUAUCUACAUGGUUCUCAAGCUGUUGUUCUUUCUGAGGUAGAAUCAAAUGAAGUUUUAAUAGCUAUGCUUUUGAACGGAGUUUGCUUUACAGUCGACGGGAGAUAUGUAACAUGUGCUGAGGUACAACAGAUUGACUUCAAUCUGGAACAUGUACGGUUCGAUGAUAUUGUGUUUUGUAGCGACAGUGAUACAAUGUGUCAGGGCUUUCGGGAUAUCACAAGGAAGUCCUCUUGUGAAUUAUGUCUAGACCAAAACCGUUUUCCACAACAACAGCUGAAAAUUGAAUUCUGUGGAACUGGAAAACAGGCUGGAGCAGCCGUUGGCUUCGAGUACGUGGAAAUCCUGACUGACGACUCCACGCUGCCGCCUACCGCCCCCGGAUCCACUACGACCACAACCCCUGAGCCUACAACCACCACAACCCCUGAGCCUACAACCACCACAACCCCUGAGCCUACAACUACAACCACUGAGCUUACAAUCACAACCCCAGAGCCUACUACUACAACCACUACAACCACUGAGCCUACAACCACCACAACUGAGCCUACAACCACAACCACCACAACCCCUGAGCUAACAACCACCACAACCCCUGAGCCUACAAUCACAACCCCUGAGCCUACAACUACAACCACCACUGAACCUACAACUACAACUACCACAACCCUUGAACCUACAACUACAACUACAACCCCUGAGCCUACAUCUACAACUACUGAACUUACAACCACCACAGCCCCAGAGCCUACAACUACAACCACUGAACCUACAACUAAAACCACCGCCUCAACCACUGAACCUACAACCACCACAACCCCUGAGCCUACUACUAUAACCACUGAUCCUACAACUACAACCACUGAGCUUGCAACCACAAUCCCAGAGCCUACUACUACAACCACCACAGCCUCUGAGCCUACAACCACCACAACCCCUGAGCCUACAGCCACCACAACCUCUGAGCCUACAACCAACCACACCCUGACCCAUGAGCCUACAACCACAACCCCUGAGCCUACAACUACAACCACCAUAACCACUGAGCAUACAACCACCACAAACCUUGAGCCUACAACUACCACAACCCCUGAGCCUACAUCUACAACCACUGAACUUACAACCACCACAGCCCCACAACCUCCAACUACAACCACUGAAUCUACAACCACCACACCCCCAGAGCCUACUACUAGAACUACUGAUCGUACGACCACAACCACUGAGCUUACAAUCACAACCCUAGAGCCUACUACUACAACCACUACAACCCCUGAGCCUACAACCACCACAACCCCUGAGCCUACAACUACAACCACUGAAUCUACAUCCACAACCCCAGAGCCUACAACCACCACACCUACAACUACAACCACCAUAACCACUGAGCAUACAACCACCACAAACCUUGAGCCUACAACUACCACAACCCCUGAGCCUACAUCUACAACCACUGAACUUACAACCACCACAGCCCCACAGCCUCCAACUACAACCACUGAACCUACAACCACCACACCCCCGCUACUACUAACUACUGAUCAGCCAACAACUACAACCCCUGAGCCUACAACUACAUCCCCUGAGCCUAUAUCUACCACAACCCCAGAGCCUACAACUACAACCACCACAACCCCUGAGCCUACAACAACAACCACAGAUCCUACAACCACCAUAACCACUGAACCUACUACUACAACCUCUAAGCCUACAACUACAACCACUGAGCCUACAUCUACCACAAGCCCAGAGCCUACAUCUACUACAGCCCCACAGCCUACAUCUACCACAACCCCAGAGCCUACAUCUACCACAGCCCCAGAGCCUACAUCUACCACAACCCCAGAACCUACAACUACAGCCAUUGGGCCUACAGCCACCACAACCCCUGAGCCUACAACUACAACCACCACAACCACUGACCCUACAACUACAACAAUUGAGCCUGCAUCUACCACAACCCCAGAGCCUACAACUACAACCACCCAAACUCCAGAGCCUACAACCACCAAAACUACUGAACCUACUACUACAGCCUCUGAUCCUACAACUUCAACCCCUACAAUUACAACCACCAUAACCCCUGAGCUUACAAACACAACCACCACAACCCUUGAGCUUACAACUACAACCACAACCCCUGAGCCUACAACUACAACUACCACAACCCCUGAGCCUACAACCACAACCACCACAACCCUUGAGCCUACAACUACAACUACCACAACCCCUGAGCCUACAACUACAACCACCACAACCCUUGAGCCUACAACUACAACCACCACAAACCCUGAGCCUACAACUAAAACCACCACAACCACUGAGACUACAACUACAACCACCACAACCACUGAACCUACUACUACAACCACAGACCCUACAACUACAACCACCACAACCACUGAACCUACUACUACAACCACAGAGCCUACAACUGCAACUCCUGAGCCUACAUCUACAACCACUGAGCUUACAACUAUCACAACCCAGAGCCCUACAACUAAAACCACCACAACCACUGAGACUACAACUACAACCACCACAACCACUGAACCUACUACUACAACCACAGACCCUACAACUACAACCACCACAACCACUGAACCUACUACUAAAACCACAGAGCCUACAACUGCAACUCCUGAGCCUACAUCUACAACCACUGAGCUUACAACCAUCACAACCCCGGAGCCUACAACUACAACCAACACAACCCUAGAGCCUACAACUACAACCACCAGAACGCCUUUGCCUAGAACAACCUCAACCACUGACAUUACUACUACAACCUCUGUCUCUGCAGUUACAACCACUGGGCCUACGACAACCACAACCAUUGAACCUACAACGACCACAAAUGGGCCUACAACCACAACCCCAGGGUCUACAACUACAACCGCUGAGCUUACAACAGCCAGACCUGGUUCCAGAACAACCACAACUGCGAACACCCCGACCAGUCCCCUGACAACAGCACCGACGAGUGUCCCAGGCCCCACCCCAGCGCCCCCGGGCUCGUGCGGCGCCCCCGUGUGCGUCCUGGGCCUGACGGUGGCGCAGUUCAUCGUGGUCGCGGUGGCCUGCUUCACCCUGCUCAUGGUCGUCGUCAUUCUCCUGAUGGUGGCCUUCCGGAGGCGCCGACGGAGGACGUUCGUCAAGGUCCGUUAUCACCCAAAAGCGGAAGGACAUGGACUCCCCCAUCACGUGACCUUGCUCCUGACCGCCCACGCCCCGCCCCUUACGCACGCCCUCGCCCCACCCCUCCGCCGCCCCCGCCCUCACGCCCUCGCCGACGCGUAUAAAAGGCAGCCUCAGACUCCUUCUCCUCAUCACGCCUUCUUCCGGCCGAGGUCUUCCCCUGAAUCGCAGAUCUUACUUCAGAGUGCAAGUAAGGGUUCAAACUGUGUCACUGGUUCAUAG